CGAACCCAACGUUACAUUAGAAUUUUCCGGUUUUUGCCGUUGCUAUUUCUCUCAACCUCCCAAAUUCACUCCCUGUUUCAUUGGCCCGCCCUUCCACUUCCAGAUCCAGAAAACGAAAAAACAAAGAGUUCGACCACCCAUUUGAGAGAUCGAUUCCCACUGUUGACUGUUCCCCUGUUUCAUCCCCGAGGAAUCCAAAUAAACAAACCUCUUCUCUCGUUUGUCUUACCAUUUUAUAAUCAUCAAAGACAGCUUUGCGGGAACCCCUACGUGCUGGUCCAAUCAAAUGUUAACGAAAACCUCAAAAAGAUGGUCCAAGUUGCUUCCUUUUCUUCUCUUUCUUUCCCCAUUUUCCCUCCAUUUGUUCCUUUCCUCUGUGCUUAUCACCCAGUUUCCUUCCCAAGAUACUUCCUCACUUCCAUCGCCCGAAUAUUCAGAACCCCCUUAUUAUUUCCUUUUCCGUUCUUUUUUGUGCUCCAUUUUCUUGUCCCCCUCGACCCUGUUAUGCUCUGCUCGUUUCCACCUUUGAGAAAAAAUGUCACAUGUUGUUAAUAGGGCUGCUUGGGACGAUAUUUCUUGACAAAGUUGACUUUCUCGAGGAAAUUUCCUCACUUUCUCUCCUACCCAUUGCUGCUGGCAACGACUGCUUUCAUGGGUAGUCCCCAUUUUCUCUCUUUCUCCGCCGCAGUAGCAUCAUCAUCACCUACGACAACAAAACCCUUUUCCGCCGCUUCCCUUUUCUCAUUUCUGGUAAUUGGAUCUCUUUCUGCUUUUUUUGCUAAAUUGCCCUCUUUUUUUUUCUGGGCUUUAAUUCAGUCAAGUCAGGGUCAUCUGGGAAAAGAAACAACGCGAAAGUCAGUUUCUUUCUUUGCAUUUGGGAGUUAGCGUGAUCGUUGCUUUACUUUUAUUUAUUUGAUUUGUUUAUGUUCUUCUUCUUUUUUCUGUCUAUAGGAUUAAACGAUUUUUCGACAAUCUCAAUAGGCGCGGAGGAGUUGUUGAUGGAACAGUUUCAAUUGAAGAAAACUCUACCUUUCAGAUUUUAGUUUUUUUUCUUCUUCUUCUUUUUCGUGCUUGGUUCCGAGUGGAGUCUACUCCUUUGUAAUUGAUUUGACUGAAUGAGAGAGCAUUGCAUUGUUCUUCAAGAUAUGAGAAUGACCAACCAAGACCACAGAAAGCGGUCUUUCCUGCAGAAGAUAUUCUCGUCCAGGGAGGUGAUCGUGACGAGAUCGAGUGGAGACCCAUUCAAUUCUUCCCCUGAAAGGCGGACCGGUUCAGCGCUUGAGGCUCUUUUUUCAAACCAUUUGACUUCACGGAUGCCUAAUCAGCAGACAGCAGAAGAACCAUUUAGAAUUUUUGUGGCAACAUGGAAUGUGGGAGGGAAAUCUCCCCACAGCGGGCUAAAUCUGGAUGAUAUUCUCCAAGUUCACAACCAGGCAGACAUAUAUGUCUUAGGCUUUCAGGAAAUUGUUCCAUUAAAUGCUGGGAAUGUUCUUGUGGCAGAGGACAGUGAGCCUGCUGCAAAGUGGCUUGCCCUUAUCAACCAGUCUCUGAACAGAUCAUACACUGUAGGUUCAAAAGCGUCAAAGCCCUUUGCAUCUCUUGGAAACCCGCUUCCAUUUCAGAGGCCUUCUCUGAGGAAGGUCUGCAAGAGCUUCAGGACCGAGAGUGUACGCCGCCUCAAGACCUGCAACUGCAGUCAUGUGAUGGACAGGAAGAACAACAAAGACUCCUGCCUUUGGUGCCCUCAGACGAACCUGGGGGAUGACGGAUUGUCAUCAGAAGAGGAGGAGGAUGGACUCAAUGGCUGUGGAUCUUCGGAUAUUGUUGCUAAUGGUGACAAUCACUUGAGAUACAGCCUUAUUGUGGGGAAGCAAAUGGUUGGGAUUUUUCUCACUGUUUGGAUGAAGAAAGAGCUUGUUCAAUAUGUUAGUCACUUGAAAGUUUCUUACAUUAGUCGUGGAAUCAUGGGUUGCCUUGGUAACAAGGGCUGCAUAUCCGUGAGCAUGUCUUUCCAUCAGACGACCUUUUGCUUCAUCUGCAGUCACUUGGCAUCAGGGGAGAAAGAAGGAGAUGAGCUAAGGAGGAAUUUGGAUGUGAUCGAGAUACUAAAAAACACUCAAUUCCCCAGGACUUGCAAAUCACCCUAUAGCAACUUACCCGAGAGAAUCAUCCAACACGACCGGAUCAUAUGGCUCGGUGACCUCAACUACAGAAUAGCUCUCAAUUAUUCGGAAACUCGAAAGCUCCUGGAACGGAAUGACUGGAAUGCACUCUUUGACAAAGAUCAGCUGAAGAUUGAGAGGGAAAAAGGUAAAGUGUUCAAGGGAUGGAAAGAGGGGAAAAUCUACUUCGCACCGACUUACAAAUACUCCUGGAACUCAGACAUUUAUUCUGGAGAAACUGUAGACUCCAAAAACAAGAGAAGAACUCCAGCUUGGUGUGACAGAAUACUCUGGCAUGGGAAUGGGAUGCAACAGAUGUCGUACGUGAGAAAGGAGUACCGGUUCUCGGAUCACAGACCGGUAUGUGCGACGUUCUUGGUUGAUGUAGAGACCGUGGAAGGUGCUUCGAGGAGGGCAUCAUCCGCGUAUCACAUUUGAAAAAUGGAAAAGCUAUGUGUUUGCUGAAUUCCUGCUAACCAGAAACUUGUGGAAAUUGGAGAAAGAUAUAAUAGAGAUACAAGUUUUAGUCUUUGUUUACACACCUCAUUUGCAUAUGUUACAAAGAAAACCGUUCCCAGAGGAGAAAGAAAGAAUAGAGCAUUUCCUUUUAGUUUUGUGGGUUUCUUCUUGCCUAACUGUAUAGAUAGGAAGUGGGUGGUGGUGGUGGGUGUUGAUAGUGUUUUCUUCAGAGCAAAGCCUUCUGGGUCCUAGAAAUUUCAUUUGGGCAGAUUUGUAUACAUACAAUUGUGAAGAGUUUCAUUCCCAAGGAAACUUGAGUGCGAUUCAUGGAAUGUGUUGUAUAAGCUUUGGUUUGGUCCCGUUGUGGGAGCCAUGGAUAUAGGCUUUGCUGUUGCGGGUGGAGAAAAAGAAAGGCUAGGCUGAGAUGAAGGCGUUCAAUUGAAAUAUUGUUAUGGGAAUGAAAGAGUUGGCAUCACGUUCUAUUGUUUUAAGUUUGAAGGCCGAAAACAGGUUAGAGCAGAGAAUAUGAUUUAGCUGUAUGUAUGUUGUGUCUGUUGUCCAGCAUCAUGACUUUGAAUGUGCAGAGACAAAGUUAAUAGGUAACCCACUAAUCUAAACGUGUUUAUGAAAGAUCCAUAUUAGAGAAAUAAAAUGAGUUAAUGAUCGAUGGGGCACUAACAAAUCAAGUGGAGAUUGUAUAUAUAUAUAUUAUAUCAUAUUGUCGCUGAUCGAAAACAGGUGGAGAUAUGAUUUUCAUAAACAUGCAUGCUGACUUAGUUGGAUGCAUGUGUUGUUGACAUGCAUUUAGUGAAAGAAAUCUCAUAAAUCAAAGUGCAGAUUCUUUAUAUGGAUUAAAUAGCUUUCGAUUUUAUAAAUUUCAGUAAAUCUUAAAAUUUUAAGAUUCAAAGGUACUAACAACAUCCUUACAUGUUUCUAUUCCUUUUAUUUGAAAUACAAGAUUGAUGUUCUU